CCAGACUAUCGACUAGACCCAUAUAAUUAUACCGUACCGAAAGCUGUAUGCCCUUAUCAGAAUCAUGUCUCGGUCUGGAUCUAGAACUAAACUAGGUUCCAGUAAGAAGAAAGGCAAAGGAAGCAAAAACAAUGAGCCAGAAGAGGAUGAAGGUCCAGCAGAGAUCACGGUGCCUCAACUAGAGUGGAUGAUCCUAUCUGAAGAAGCCACCAAAGAACUGGCCGAACUGGAGGUGGAAGAAGUUUCUAAUAAACUGGCAAGAGUUCUGUCCAUGUCCCGUCCUGAGGAGGAUCUGCGGGAGGCUGCUCUACUAGACUACUUUGUCAGUGGAUAUUGGUUUGCAGCCAGAGAGGAGGGAUUAAGUGAUGUACAGGUCUCAGCGUUUAUCACCAUCCUGCACACUCUCCUUGACAACUUGAAAAGUAAGCAGCUUUCUCUAGAAGAAAACAUCCUGGCCUUCAAGGAAAUGGUGGCUGCAGUAGGGAACCCCCCCUCCCCUGUUGUCCCAAACCCCCUUAAGUGCUUCACUAUGGAAACGGGCCUGUUUACACUACGUUACCUCAAGUCAUCACUGUUCCAACACUACUCACUCUUCCACUACCUGUUGUCAGAGGAGCAGGAGGAAGAGAUUAUCAUACAGAAUCUCAUUGUUAAUGUCCCCCCUGACCCGACAACUCUGUGCCCACCCCCUCUGGAGGAGGCAGUGACCCUUGACCUAUAUCAGCGUUGUAUCUCACCACCACCACCACCACCUCCUGAAGAGCAAGCAGACGAGGAAGAUGUAACUGACAAUUCUGAAGUGCCAGAAGUUAGUGAAGGUGUUAGGCAGAUGAAAGUGUCUGCUGAGGAGUUGAAGCUUGUCAUGGAGGAUAUUGCUAAGAUGAAACUCACUAGCUACAAGGAGGAGAUGUCACAGAAACUGAAGAGAAAAGAAGAAGUCAUGCUAACAAGACUCUCCAAACUAGAAAAUAAAUUGACUUAGCUAAUUAUGUAAUUAUAACACGUACAUUACAUCAUGUAAACUUUUUAAUUUCCUAUCUUCACAUCAUUCUUAUUAUUAAGAA